ACCGGUGUGACACAAUGGUGGAUACGUGACAACAUAAAGAAUAAUUACAAAAGGAAUCAACGUUUAUUACCAAUGGCGAAAAAAUAAAACAUAAGAAACAAUCAAAAUUUAAUAAAUCAGUCAACCAAUCAAAAUAGAAAUAUCGACACGAUACGGAAGAUUGAACUAUUGAAACCAGACUAGCUUGUGUAAAUUUAAACCCUUAUGUACUAUUGGGUGUUUAAGUAGAACGUACACUUGAUAAAGCGAAAUCAACAGUGUCAAUUUAAAGUAUGUCGGAAAAUGAGAUCACUUCUAUACGAAGCCGGACAAGAUGGUACGUGAACUUUGCAGACUUUGCAAACAUGGCGAAGGCAUUUAUUGGGACAAAUUACCUCAGUGUUGGGUUUGCCUUUGCACAGAGUGGAUUGCUCCUCGGAGUCGGUGGAUUGUUGCUCAUCGCGGUUCUAACGGAUCACUGUUGCCUGCUUAUUGUAAAAACUAAAAAUCACGCAAUAAACCGGAUAAUAGCAAAGUACAAGAAAGAUUCGAGCGAUCAAAGCAAGGGCUGUAACACCUUUAACCGGACAAAUCGAGGUUCGGUAAAUGACGAUUAUAUCCAAUCAGAAUCUGAUUAUUCGGCUCAUUUUGGCGCCAAUGAUCUGGAGCGAAGAAAUGUCAACAAGUCAGACCACACUGUCAUGCAAGAACAGAUAAGCCGUUCCAUGAGUUACGGCGACGUUGGAUAUUAUUGUUAUGGAACGUUCGGCCUCGGAAUAGUGAACUUUUUCAUAGCGCUCACGCAGUACGGAUUUUGUACGGGCUAUUUCAUUUUUAUCGGAAAUACUAUUCAUUCCUUGUUCCCAUAUAACAAGUGCGCCACAGACUCGUUGAGUCUCGCACAGACAUGUACCAAGGAUUACAGCAUUGACAUAUCGAACAUUGCCAACAUUAGCAACGGAACAAACUCCACUGGCAUCACGAUAAACUAUAUAGAUUUUUCGCCCGAUUUGAGACUACUUGUGAUAAGUCCUAUUCUGAUAUUUAUCCUAUUUGCACUGAUCCGAAAUGUACGAUACUUCGGAGCGAUCAGUGUAAUAGCAAAUGUGUGCAUAUUGUUUGGAAUAGUCUCCGUGUUUGGAUACCUGGUCCUUUUCAUAACAAAAAAUGGAUUAACAGACAAAUUCGAGUACUAUAACUUGCAGCAUUUUGCAAUAUUCUUUGGAAUGAUAACAGGGGCUUUCGAAGGCAUCGGGUUGGUGAUUCCAAUCGAGUCGAGUAUGGUGGGUAAUCGUCACCUUUUUACCUGGUUCCUGCAUGGCGCCAUAUUUGCUCUCGGCCUCGUUCUGGGGACACUAGGAAUUCUGGGAUACCUCGCCUUUGGCAAUAAUAUCCAGCAGAUGCUUAACAAGAACUUACCAUCGGGACAGUUCUUGGCAUUGUUCGUCAACGUAGGGAUAUGCGUCGGCGUUAUUUUGACAUUCCCACUUCAGAUAUUUCCUGUGAUAGAAAUAAUUGAAAAUUACAUUUUCUCAGAAGGUCGUUUAUGCGGGCCGAGCAAGCAGCAAUCAACGAGUGAACACGAGGCUUUGAUAUCAGAAGAUGUCUCCGACUCCAGAAACAGCGUGACGGGUCAGCAUGUAUCUAUGGCUGUACCCGAUAGUAUUCCGUCAUGGAAGCGGAACAUAGUUCGGAUUUUAAUCGUGAUGACUGCGGGCGGACUUGCCGUGCUUCUCAGGAAUAGCUUUGCAUAUGUUGGGGGAUUUGUUGGUGCCGUGGGAAGUACAGCUCUAGCGUUUAUACUUCCAUGUCUGUUCCACUUGAAGGUCUGCUGGAACGAUAUCGGUGUCCUUAUCAAGGUCAAGGACAUUGUUAUCAUCGUGUUUGGUGUCUUCGCAGGCGUUGUCAGCCUAAUCUCUGUUGUUCAGAGCAUGGCCACCAGUCACGGAUAAGACUGAAUUAACCACUUCCGAUUUGUCCACCAGUCACCGGUUAAUUUAUCAGGAGUAAAUGAAAGCACAUUGUCAAAUUAAGAUUUUUCAAUAUUUUUCAAACUUAUGCACAAUAUGAAUUCGACAAAUAGACAGGCAAAAUAGACACUGUUUUUUGCAACGGGGUCAAAACACAAGUUAUAUACACAUCAUAUGUGAUUUCUUAUUAUUUAUGGGAUAUAUGCAUUUUCUGUACUGUGUGAUAUUAUAAAGCACUCAUUAUUUA